AUUAGUGUGUAGUUAGAUGUUGUUUUCUCUCUCUAGAAUUUUCUCCCAGCGCACGUUAUUAUGGGUGCACGAUAGUAGUGAUCACCAUCGUCCGCCGCUUGGGCCGACCAAAGAAAACGUUACUGGUAGAUCCGAUUGUGGCGAAGGCAUCAAAUCUACAGGGGCAACAAAAUGCAGGAGGGGGAAAUCCAAACACCUUCUAUGCUACCCCGAUGGCCCAAACCACAAAGGAUUGAGCUACACCGACUGGUAAGCAAAUGCAAUCUCAGGCGGUGCAACUGCAGGAUAGACCUGUCAGCUAAUCGGUGGAGUAGCUACCAGCUGUAGGAUCACCGUCAGCUGCUCAGAGGAAGCUUGAGUUGCCGGUCAAUGGGAAUAAUGGGUGAGCUUAUUUGAAGGAAAGACAAUGGCCUCCAAAGGUAUGGAACUUCAAUUUUUACAACCUACGAUUAAGGAUGGGGCCAAAUAUGUGCAAUUGGAUACGGAAGAGAUGAUUCAGGAAGCAGAAUAGUGGAAAGUUGCUCUGAUUUUGUAUGUGAUUGGAGCUUCUCCCACAAUUGCUGCUAUUGCUAGAUUUUUAGGCACUCAGGAGUAUUCAUCAGAACCAACAAUUUUCUAUCAUAAUGGUGAUUACUUUGUAGUCGAAUUCAAGACGGUUGCAGAUAGGGUUGAAAUUCUAUAUACAAGACCUCAUAUGAUUAACUCUAAACUAGUUAUUGUAAGACGAUGGAAUGCGGAUUUCAGCUUUAAGAAUGAGGUUCUGAAGGUGAUACCGCUGUGGGUUAAAUUUUCUAACCUUCCACUUAAUUGAUGGGGGUAAAAUCAUUGAGCAGGGUUACAAGUGGACUAGGCAACCUAAUUUGUCUUUGAUGAUGGCUGUACGACUAAGAUGGAGAGGAUUUCUUAUGCUAGGGUCUUAACAGAGAUGGAUGUCACUGUGCCUUUGCCUAAUGUUGUGCAAGUGUUGGAUCCUAAUGGGGCAAAUUUUGAUCAGGAGAUUCGAUAUGAAUGGAAACCUCAAUACUGUACUACUUGUCAAAUUGGGCACAUGCGUCAAGUAAAGCAAGCUGAACCAAAGCAGCGAGAGCCUAUUAAGACUAAGCCUGUUGAUAAUCCACCUAAAAAGGGUGCUCAGAGAGGAGGACAGAGAAAGACUCAGCAGGUAUGGUUAAACAAAGGGGGCACAACUGCAGAUACAAGUACUGAAACUCAGCCACCUACUGUUGUAGAUGCUGGAGGGGUUGAUGCUGCUGCAACUGAACAGGCUGAUGAAGGCUGGACAUCAGUGAAGUGGGGCAGAAUAAAGGAGGGAAUGGUGGAAGGAAUCACAAACCUUCAAACAUUUCCACAUGAAGAUAGCUACAUGGAACGUUAGAGGGUUUAAUAAGUUGCACAAGCAUAAAGAGUUUUUGAAGACAGUAAGGAAGGAACAUAUUAGUAUUAUAGCUAUGGUAGAGCAUAGAGUACAACAGAAUAAAGCACAACAGAUAUUAAAGAAAGUGGCACCUGGCUGGGAAUGCCAUCAUAACUAUAAUGCUAGAAAAGGCACAAUUUGGCUCAUUUAGGAUCCAGUAGCAGCAGAUGUGACUGUAUUGCACACCAAUGAUCAGUUUAUACAUUGUAUGAUUGAACUUCCUACUCAAGGUAUUAAGCUAGAGUUUAUAGCUAUAUAUGGUUUACAUACUAUUAAGAUUAGGAAAAGUUUAUGGGACAACUUAGAAACUCUUGAACCCAUGGUAAUACACCCCUUUCUAGUCAUGGGAGAUUUUAAUGCUAUUUUUAGAGGGGAGGACAGAAUGAACAGCAGCCAUAUAGUUGAUGUUGAAGUGAAAGAUUUUGAGCAGUGCUUACUCAAUACUGGCUUAACAGAACUGAAAGCUAUAGGCAGGUUCUUCACCUUGGACCAAUAACCAUGUGUUUAGUGAAAUAGACAGGGCCUUAGUAAACACUGCUUGGAUGAGUAGGUGGCCUCAUCUAGAGGUGACAGUCACAGAUCCUCAGUUUUCUGAUCAUGCCCUCCUUUGUGUAACCAUGGAGCAACAUCAGGACCAGGCUGCAAAACCAUUCAGAU